GAUAAGGUUAAUGCCACUUAGUUUUUUUUUUUACCCUUUUUUGUACUGGUGGGUAGCAUUUGUAUCUCCUUAUCUUUAAAAUCUGUAAAUUGACAUAAUAAAGUAGAAAUAUUAAAUGAGAACAGGUUUGAAAUUCAAUAUUUUAUUCGGAGGGAGAAACUAGAAGCCUGUGUUUUCCUUCAUUUACCCAUCUUUGUCUCACCUGCAUAGCAGAGUGAGACUAUACAUGUAGGCGCGGCUUUUCCGGCGGCGGCGUCAACACCAAAUCUUAACCGAAGGUUAACUUUUUGAAAUGACAGCAUAAACUAGAAAGUAUAUGGACCUAGUUCAUGAAACUUGGACAUACAGUUAAUCAAGUAUAACUGAACAUCCUGCCUGAGUUUCAGGUCACAUGACUAAGGUCAAAGGUCAUUUAGGGUCAAUGAACUUAGACCAUGUUGGGGGAAUCAACAUCAAAAUCUUAACCUACAUGUAAGGUUAAGUUUUUGAAAUGUCAUCAUAACUUAGAAAAUAUGUGGACCUAGUUCAUGAAACUUGGACAUAAGGUUAAUCAAGCAUAACUGAACAUCCUGCCUGAGUUUCAAGUCACAUGACCAAGGUCAAUGAACUUUGGCCAAGUUGGGGAUGUUUGUUUAAUUAUAUGUACCAUCAUAACUUUGACAGUUUAUUGGUCUAGUUCAUAAAACUUGGAAAUCAGAGUAAUCGAGUAUCACUGAACAUCAUGUGCAAGUUUCAGGUCACAUGACCAAGGUCAAAGGUCAAUGAACUUUGGUCAUGUUGGGGGUACAUGUAUUUGUUGAAUAACCAUCAAAACUUUGAAAGUGUAUGGAUCUAGUUCAUAAAACUUGGACAUAAGAGUAAUCAAGUAUCACUGAACAUCUCAUGCGAGUUUCAGGUCACAUGACCAAAGUCAAAGGUCAUUGAACUUUGGCCAUUUUGGAGGUUUCUAUUAGAUUGCUGUCAUUACUUUCAAAGUUUAUAGAUGUACAGUAGUUUAUAAAAUGUGGAUAUAGGGGUAAUCAAGUAUCACUGACAAGUCGUAGGUCGCAUGAUCAAGGUCAAAUGUCAUUUAUUGUCAAUAAACGUAGUAUUGUAUCAUUAUAUGAAUGGUGUUUUUUGUGAAAAAUUAUUUUACAGUAGUUUUCAAAGUCAGCACUGCUGCUACCGCGUGAUGCAGGUGAGACUGCCAGAGGCGCUCCACAUGUUUUUUAUUUCAACCCUAACUUGUUCUAAUUUAAAUUAUUAGUCUUUCAGGUUUACUGCAGGAUUGUUGCUUUGAAUAAUAGUUGGCAUGCCGGAUCUCCUGUAAUCUUUCCCUUUGAAUUACUCAUAAAGUACAUGUAAAUAUAUUUCAAACCCUGUUCUCAUUUAAUUAAUUUAUUAAUUUAUCUAUUUUUAUCUGUUUAUGUAUUAUGUAGGCCUGUUUAUUUUUAUUUCAUUUACCAGUAUUUCUUUAUUUCUGUUUUCUUUAGAAAGCAUGUUAAACUGCUUUUUUUAGAUCAUUAUACAGUGUAUGGUAAUGAACAGUAAAAAUAAUAUAAUAGAAUUCAGUCUUAAAUAAAAGUGUUGAUUGUGAUGUUAAAAUUGAAAUAUAUAAUUAGUAACCAUUAUUGCCAUAACCAUUAUUUAUCAGAGGAGAUUGAAAACCUUGAGGUUCAGUUAGAAGCCAGAAAGAAGAGCUUCCAGGCUCUUGAAGCAGAUCACACUACCACCUUGGAUGAGAAGAAGAAAACUGAAGGCAAGGCUCAAGAAUUGAAAAAGAAGGCCAAAUUCAACCAGGAGAAGGUCAAAGAACUAGAGAAUGAACUCAAAGCUAAGGAUGAGCUGUUAAGGCGUAAGACUGCUGAACUGACAAAAGCCUGUGAGAAACAGUAUCGCCUGGAGCAGGAGCUAGCAUUCCAUAAGAUUGACGCCAAGUUUGAACCCCUUCCUGAUAUGGCUUUCAUUGACCAGAUGGAUGGUGGUACACAGGAGAGUGCAUACAUUGGUCAAGCCAGUUUCAAGCGUAAUGAGUUUGCAUCUGAGCAGUACUUGACACCCAGAGGCCAGAAGUUGAGAUAUAACCUCACUCCUGGGAGUGUAGAGGUGGACCCUUCUAUGAAGAGACAACUCAAUCAGACCCUAGAUAUUACCUUAGCAGACAAAGAAAAACUGAUUCAAAGGGGUAUGGAUAUUUCUUUUGUGUUCCAUUUGAUUUUUUUUAUAUGAAUCAAUAUUUUGUUACUUUUCAGACAAAAUUAUAUAGACCCUUGUCUGAACUCUGAUGUAGGGGAGGGGGCCUUAAAGACCCCUCUCUACAUUUUUCACGACUACAAUGUGAGAAGUUCAUCCUGCACUGUUGCAUUAUUUUUAUUUUAAAUUUGCAAUGCCUGGGUAAAAAAAAAGACGGUUUUGAAAUUAAGCAACAUUAAGCGUGACUUUCAUGUACAAAUCAAAUGCAAAUUUUCUGUACAGCCAAAAUUCCUAAUAUUUACAUUUUUAACUGAUUGAAGUGAAUAAAUUUUGUUUUAUAUUGAUCAUGACAUUUCCAUCUG